AUGGAGCGUCGGAUCUCCAUCUCGCCGCGCCGCCGCCAUCUCGUCCACCGGCGCCGGCAUCACCCACGCCAGAGGCAAGCACGCUACUGCUCAUGCCGGCCAAGGCGAGACCCACCGUUCCUGUCAGCGCUGUCAUCACCCCAGCUAGAGGUGGGCUAUUGCUUUCGGCCAAGGAGAGACCCGCAGGCGUCGUCGCUGGAUGUAAGACCGCCCCUCAAUCACAACGAGAUCUCAGGCCCCGACGCUGCCGCUUUCGCCGUCGCUGCUCAGGCCGCCGACGCCGCCCCUGCUGCCGCUGUCGCCGUCCCUGCCGGCGGAGGCGGGCUGACGUCCAAGGGGUGGCAUCCGGGUGCCGGCGCCGCCGCUUUCGCAGCCGUUGCUGAUGCCGCCGGCGGAGGCGGAGGGAGUGCUUGUGUCCCUGGACAGAAGACAGAGAAAGCUGGAAAGAAAGGAUGGAGGAUGAAAGCUGGCAAUAGGAGAAAUAAAGCUGGAAAGAAAGGAUGGAGGAUGAAAGCUGGCAAUAGGAGAAAGAAAGCUGGAAAUAAAGUGUGCAGUUUAGUGGGUGUUUGUUUGUGGGAAUUUGUUGCUUCUGCUGCUGGCUGUUUUGAUAUGAAGGAUACACUGUCAAUCAAGGAAAUUCAGCCUCAUGUUAGGAGGUGGACAGCAUUGGUUCAGGUGGUUGAGAAGGGCCACGUCUCUGUGAGCCAACAUGAUUCGUCCAUCUCCUACUGCCGCUUUCUCUUUGUAGAUGCUGAGGUUUCUGCGGUCGCAUACAAUAACAACAUAAGAACAAACGCCGCCCUUUUGGUUCCAUUCAAAUGGUGCUAUGUUUCAGGUGCCACACUAAAAAAGGUUGACAAGAAAUAUCUGGUUGGUGAUUAUAUCUAUUCUUGGACAAUCAACAACAACACUUUAAUCCAACCUUGCGAAGAAAAGAUGCCUGCCCAACUGGUUUUCUCUGUGGACCUGCAGGAGUACAAAAAACUCCACUCUUUUGCUGACACUGAUAAUUUACAGAAUGUGCUGGGUGUAGUCGUGCACUCUUUCACGUCCAGACAGAUUGGUGAAGACUCGGUCAGUAGAGAAAUAAUCCUUGUCAAUGAGGAAAAAAUACCGAUCAUGUUCACCCUUUGGAACGAUUUUGCUACCACUGAAGGAUCGCAACUUGCAAAUAACAUUCACUCAGCAAGUGUUGUUUUGGCUCUGAGAGUUAAAGUCACAACGUUUAAUGGAAUUUCUUUGUCCACUAGAGCUCCAUGCGCUAUAUUAAUUAAUCCUCCAUUGGUGCAGCAGUUGAGCUUAAGCAAUGGUUGGUAUUCCCAGCACAAAAAUGAAAUUGACAAUAUGAUUGGAAGGGCUGCGUACAAAGACACCACUAUCCUGAUUCAUUAUCCAUCAACAGACAACGUUCUCUCGGUGCACACCAUGCUUAGUGGCAUUAAGAAUGUUCGGGCAGCAUGGAUUAAGGGUUGUGUAACUCUGCCACAUAUUCAGCAGUCGCUGUGGUUUAGUGCGUAUGCCAGCUGCCAUAAGAAAUUUGACUUGCAAACGAGCUCAGCCAUUAGGUGCAGCUCUUGCAGUCAAAAUAGCAUGAUAGAAGCUAGAGCUAGGAUCCCUUUGGAAAUCGCUGAUGGCACUGGAAUACUUUCGGCUGUAGUGUAUGGAGAGGAUGCGGAAAGACUUAUUGCUUACACAGCACAACAGCUUCAGGCAGCAGAGGAUAAGGGUGCUGAUUUGGUAGCAACGAUUCGCUCUGCCAUAUGCGGAAAACAUGUUGUAUGCUUUGUGAGGGUCUUUCAGGCUGCUGAAUUGAAUAAACCUUUAGAUGCGAAUGACAAAGGCGUGGAGCUGGAUAACAUAGAGGCUGAGGAUGAAGUGGAAACCCAAUUGUUUACGCCGUCUGCUAAAGCGUGCCUCGAAGCUAUUCUUGAUGAGCCUACAACCAUGUCUACACCAAAAGAAUCCAAGUCAGCCGUCGUUCGUUCUCUACUCUUUGAGAAUCCUGAAACUACUGCAGAAUCUUUGGUUGCUACAGACAACACACAAUGCUCCUGAUGUCCACGCGGCCUACAUAAGAACUGGGAAGAAGAAAAUGUCUGUCAGUCCUGCUAAGAAGCUGCGCACUGAGGAAUGAACUUUCAUCACCCCUUUUGUUUAUGUAUUGUGUAAUUGUUAUGGAGCCUAUCAAGUACUCUUAAUAGAUCUAAGUCUUUCUAACUAUUUUGGAUGACAUUGUGCUUUUCUUUUGUUGCCCUUCUUUUGGUUUCAGCUUAGAAUUCUUUAAGCAUAUCAUUAGAUUUGCUUGGUGGAUUCUAAGAUGUUAGGUUUCAUGCGCUACAUAUGCUGUGAAUGCGUGUGUGCGCUAUUUUGUAAUGCAACGAAUUUUACAAUACUUAAUUACAAAAAAUACAAUUUGUUGCAAUUUCUACAAUA